UCUCCCGAGCCCUUCCGAUAAUGAUAUCACGCCAAAAGGAAGGGUCUACGUUCUCCGCUGACGAACUCGCGACUCUCUUUCUUUUCCUCCUUUCUUUCGGUCUCUUGGCGUCUCUGCUUCGCUUUUCUCUUUUCUCUCCCGUGAUCGUUGCAAUGAGAAAGGACGGCAAUGGCGGGGCAAGGCAGGACAAUCAGCGGCAGGGGAAGAAGAGGAGGCUGGGGUACGGCGCGUUGAUGGCGUCGGAGCGCUGCAUCUCCUGCACGACCUUCAACAUUCUGGCGCCUAUCUACAAAAGGCUCGAUAAGGAGGAUCAGAGCCGCAGGGAGAGCCAAUAUAGAGCAUACUGGCUGAGCCGGAAUGAAAGCAUCAUAGACCGGCUGUUGGGGGAGAUGUCCUCCAUAAUUUGCCUCCAGGAGGUCUGGCUUGGGAACGAAGAACUCGUCGAUAUGUACGAGAGGAGGCUGGGCGAUGCUGGUUAUACCAGUCUGAAGCUUGCACGCACGAACAAUCGUGGCGAUGGCCUGCUUACUGCUGUGCAUAGGGACUACUUUAGAAUUCUAAACUAUCAAGAUUUGCUGUUUAAUGAUUUUGGAGAUCGAGUAGCACAGCUAGUACACGUUGAAUCAGUUGUUCCUUUCAAUCAAAGUCAAAACAGCAGUGUUGGACAGCAGAUUCUCAUUGUAAAUACACACUUGUUAUUUCCUCAUGACUCCAGCUUGUGUAUACUUCGCUUGCAGCAGGUAUACAAGAUCCUCCAGUCUAUAGAAUCUUAUCAGAAAGAACAUAAGCUUAGUCUUAUGCCUAUCAUACUCUGCGGUGACUGGAAUGGAAGUAAACGUGGACACGUUUACAAGUUUCUUAGGUCCCAGGGGUUUGUGUCAUCUUAUGAUACUGCUCAUCACUAUACCGACAGUGAUGCAGAUGCCCACAAGGUGGUAACCUUUGGAUUCAUGUCAAUUUAUUGCUUAAUCUUGUGGCCAACACAUUUUCAAAGCUUGCACUUGGUUGAUUUGCUUUUCUUGCUCCUGCAGUGGGUUAGCCACCGCAAUCAUCGUGGAAAUAUCUGCGGAGUCGAUUUCAUAUGGCUGCUUAAUCCCAAUAAGCACAGGAAGCCCCUGAGAACAAGCUGGAAUGAAGCUGUAUUUGGAAUUAUUAAGUAUCUUCUCAGAGCUGCUUCUCUUACGGAGAAUAAUGCAUUUGCUUUCCUUAAAGUGGACAGCCCUGGUGAUUAUAUUACCUACUCAGGUUUUUGUCAAGCACUCUGUCAGUUAGGCUUAACCAGCCAUCCUCAUGGCUUAAAUCCCCAAGACAGAGAAGAUUUGUGGAUUCAAGCUGACAUUGAUGGAAAUGGUGUUGUGGACUAUGAAGAAUUUCUGCUAGGUAUCUGGAAUCCUAAAUGGCCGGAGCAACACGAGAACUUUGAAAAGUGGACUGAUGUCAGACUGAAAACAGGUGCCAAGAAGCUGCAGGCUUUUGGUUUCAAUGUGAAGAAUGCAGUUCUCUUCCCACCAGAAGUCGAGAAAGGAAUGUGGCCGGAGGACUACUCUCUAUCCGAUCAUGCACCACUGACCGUCGUGUUUUCUCCUGUGAGGAUGCCUUGUUUCCAGAUAAUACGCUAAUCGUCAUGUUGCUGAUUUAUGUAAAGUUUUUAGAGGAAGAGAUAUAGAUAAAGCUUAUAGAGGAGGGUAGAUAUACUGAUAGCUUAAGCCGGAGAUACAACAAAGCAGUAUAAGAUAAAACGUUGACAUGUAAAUUGUAUGAUAUCUUUGCUCAUCUUCAGUUUUUUCCAAUGCUGAAAUAUAAACAUGCUGUAGUUUGUGUCCUCGGAUGUGAAUAUUUUUUGUUGCUAUGAUUGGAAAGAUACAUUGUAUUGAAGAUGGAUCAAAUUGUUGGAGUAGCUCAUCUGGUAUUUGACU